GUGGAGCGCGGCGGGCCUGCGGUCUCCGUCACCCCCUGCAGCCUCCUGCGGAGCAGGUUGUUACCGGACUACGCCGAGCUCUGGAGCGCGCUGGACGUCACCGCAACGACCUCCUUGGGUUCCUUGGCGUUGUCGCCAGUGGCUGGAUUGUACCAUCCUCAGCCAGAUGAGGAGGAGGUGGUGCUCCUGCACAACGCCUCGUCGCAGGUGCACCUGAUGGGCCCGGCGGACACGAUCCAGCGGGCCUUGGGCACGAAGCUGUUCUUGCUGAGCGUGCCGCAGGGAGAGACGCAGACGACGGGGCAGCUGCUGAUCAGGGUGACCGACCUCGGGACGGGGCUGUCCGUGGAAGCGGCCGUCAGGCUGCGCGUGGGGACGGCGGUCCUGCCCUUCCUGAGCCUCGUGGGCGGGCCUGGGCGGGUGAACGCGUCAGCGCGGGUGGGCGGUGCCUUUGGGUGGGACGUCUCCGUGCCGAACGUGACCAUUGCCUCGGAGGCUGCGGACGGGCCCUGCCUCGUGGCCCUGCACGUGCCGUCCGGGGAGCUGAGGGCUCCCCCCCUGCCGGGGCGCGUCCUGUCCGUGUCGUGGUCCCCGCGGGGCAACGGCAGCUACGAGCUGCUGGCGCACCGGACCUCAGAGGCCAACGAGGUGCUGGGCAGCAUGCAGUACACUGCCUGGGAGGCCGCCCUGCUACAGAGGCCCACGCGGGUGCCCCUGACAAUCUUGCUCUACGCGGUCAGCUCUGCAGAGCGGCCCCUCGAGCGGGUGUUGCUGCGGGACCGCCGUGUCGUCUACCUGGAGCUCCAUCCUGAGCCGUCGGUGCCGAAGGUGCACGCGGGAGCGCGCCGUCUGGGCGCCCUGCGUACGAGGCGAUCCAGCUUGGGGCAGCUCGCCAUCGGCUUUGAGCACCCGCGCCCUCUGGCCGCACAGGUUGCCUGCAACGCGUGCGUCAUCUCGGACGAGGUGUUCGACCUGGGCAGAGUGCACAAAUUCUUUGGCUCCGCAGCCGCCGUCGCCGAGCACCUGGGCGGGCUCAGCCUAACCGUCUCGUGCACGGCCUGCGCCUCCGACACGCUCACCGUGCGCGCGUGGGACCCGGCGCUCCUGGAGAGCGUCACGUCGGAGCCCCCGCCCAGGCUCUACAGCGAGGUGUCGAUACGGAUCGAGGUCGGCACGAGCGAGCUGGCGCGGGGGCCGCCUCGGCUGAGCGUCCUGAGCCAGGGCUUCAAGGUGCUCGCGGGCGAGUCGCUCGGCCUCGAGGGCGUUGUGCAGCUGCGGUGCGCCGACGAGCACGAGCCGCUGGGGUUGCGCGCAGUGGAGGCGCAGGUCGAGGCGCGCCUACACUGCAGUCAGGGCACGCUCGCGGUGGAUACGGCGCAGGUGGUUGCCAAGGCCCUGGCGCCGAGCUCUCUGAACGCCGUGGUCCUCGCCCACGCCGUCGAGGCCAACGCCUCGAACGCCUCGAACGCCGCCCCUCGCGCCAGCCUGCCGCGGACGGCCCCGCGCCGCGGCAGGUCGAUCGCCUUCCGCGGGGCGGCUGCCGACGUGGACGCCGUGCUCGGCACGCUGGUCUACACCCCGGCGAGGGAUGCCGCCGGGGAGGACUCGGUCGUGGUCGACGUGGGCGCGGAGCGGGACGCCGUGCCCGUGUACGUAGAGCGCCCGCGUGGCGAGCUGCGCUUGGCGGCUGCCCCGCUGGUGCACGCCACGGCCGGGAAGCUGCUGCGGCCCAGCGCCUCGCUGCUCGCCGGCCCGCUGGUGGCGCCCGGCGACGGCGUCGUCGUGCGGGCGACCUGCGGCCACUGCCUGCUGUCCGCCUGGUGGCGCCGCGCGGGGGAGCCCCACUGGGAGCGGGGCGCGAUCUCGUUCACCGCCUCCGUGGCGGAGGCGGGCGCGACGCUGCGGAGGCUGGCGUACAUGGCGGAGGCGGGCUUCCACGGCAUGGACCAGCUGUCGAUCGCGGCGGAGAUGAUCCGGCCGCAGGCGUUGUGGACGGCCGUGCCUCGGUCCCAGGUCGGCAUCGCCGUGCUGGUGCGCCCGGACGCCGAGCGGACGCCGCCGGCGGGGCUGGAGAUGCCGGGCCGGCUGGUGGUCGCCGGCGGGGCCGAGCUGGUGGAUCCCCAGAUCGCGGUGCGGGCCCAGGAGUUCGGCGCGCCCAGCGGCCUCGCCCUCGCGCCCGAGAGCUCGAGCACCUGCCUCCGCGCCUGCCGGCCCGAGGCGCUCCUCCCCGCGACGGCGCCGCCGGGAGACCCGUGCGAGCUGUUCGCCCCGGUGCCGCCGGGCCGCUCCGGUGGUUCCGAGUGCGGCAACUGCAGCACGAUGAGGCCGGCCUCGUUCCCGGACCAGUGCCUCACGUGGGAGAUCGGGGCGGGGAAGCCGCCGGCUGAGAGCAGCGCAGCCUCGACGGAGAACGCCAGCGCGAACUCCAGCAACGCCACGGACGCGCCGACCCCAGCGCCGACGGCGAUAGCAGACAGCGAUGCCGUCCACUGCGUGCAGGUCGCAGGCAUGACCGUGCUCGGCGAGGUGUGGCAGGGGGUGCCCACGACCUUCUACGCCGGCGAGGCUCGCGACUGCUCGGGCCAGGCGGAGCUCCAGGGCCGUGGCGGCAACGCCUCGGCUCGGUGCGACGGCUCCAUGCGGUGCGAGUACCUGUUCCAGCCCUCGUCCGUUGCCGACCCUGCCCCGGGGUGCAGCAAGCAGCUGAGGGUGAACUUCACGUGCCCCAGCGGCGUUGAGUUGCAGGUGGUCAGCCCCAUCAUCCCCGCCUGGCAGGCCUACGCUGUCACGAUGGUCCCUCAGUGUCCCGUGGUUCUGCCUCCGGCUGUGCUGCCAGUGGCCAUGCGCGGGGCCCUGGCGACGGGCAGCUUCACGGUGCCUGGCAUCAAGACCUUGGCCCACCUGCGAUACCUCUCCGACUGCGCCAGGGAGUUGCCAGAGGCGCUCGGCGCCCCCCCGCCACAGCUCGUAGCGGCACAACCGCGGCGUGGGGAUACGGCCGUCGGGAUCAUGCAAGAAGUCCAGUUGACAUUCGACGAGAAUGUGCGGGUCGGCCAUGGAAGUUGCUACAUCCGGAAGGUGAAGAGCUUGCACACCGACGCGGACUCCCCGCGCGAUCCAGAGGUCAUCGCCCUCGCGAUAAACAUCAGCGGGCCAGUUUUGACUGGCACCCUGGAUGGUGCUUUGGCACCCCUCACCGUGUACGAGCUCGUCGUGGAGCCAGAUGCGGUCGAAGACAUCGCAGGGAACCCCUUUGCUGGUCUCUCUGGCAUGGCGCACUCGUUUACCACAGGCCUUGGCAGCCUGCUCCCCAUCGGCUGGCGCGUGGUGGCAGGGGAGCCGAUGGCCAACGGGACGGAGGCCGCCCCCACGGGCUGGCGAGUCGGGGAGCUCGCCUUCCACGCGCAGCCCUCCUGCGACGGCGACCCGCUCCGAGGAGCCCCGGUCUCCAGCCGCGCCGAGCGGAGCCCCGCGCCGAACGCCACGGGCGGCGCCGCGGGCGGCGCGGCGGCGGCGGCCUUCGACGGCGACGGCGCCUCCUUCUGGGAGAGCGCCGCCGACGUCGGCGGGACCCCGCUGGAGCCCGCCGUCUCGAGGGCCUCGGCCUGGCUGGGCCUCGUGCUGCCCACGGCCGCGACGAACACCUCGCUCGGCCAGGCGGGGCGGAUCGCGGACGUGCACUGGGCCCCGAGCGCCAAGGCAGCCGCGAGGUCGGUGCGGCUGGUGGGGCCAGAGGGCCUGGGCCCGGGGAGCCCCCCGCGGAGCUUCUCGGUGCAGUUCUACCUGGGCGGCGGCUGGGACAGGUGGCACGUGCUGCUGACGGUGCCUUACAUGGAGGGAUGCUUCGAUCUGCCCACCGACCUCGAGGAGAAGGUCCUGCAGCAGCCAGACACCAGACUCCCGACCCUGACGCGCGCGACCGGUCCGACUGGCGAUAAGCCCGCAGUGCUAGCGCUCGAAUUCGACGAGUCCGUCAAGGUCCAGUUUGGUCAAAUACUGGUUACAUCUGCUCGUGACAACUCGACGACUACUUUCAUGGUCGAUCCAAUGACAGGCUUGGCCUGCGAAGCCGAAUCGAAUGCCAGCAGCGUUGAGAGUAACACCACUGGCGUCGGCUGCAUCCCGUGGGCGUCUCCUCCACCGAGCUGCGUGAGGAUAUCUGCAAAUCAGAAUGUGGUUUUCAUGGAUGUCACCUCAGCUCUGGUUGCCAACUUGUCGUACAGGAUGGUCAUAUCGGAGAGCGUCGUGCGAGACCUAUCGGACAAUAUGUUCCAGGGCGUAACUAUUUCAUUCAAUCUGGUGCCUCCGAGUGCAGACCACCAAGAGCCUGCACUGCUCGUGGCCAAUCCGCCGCACCGUGCCGAAAAUGUCAGCGCGGCCUCCGCCCUGGAGUUCGAGUUCAGUGAGGCUCUCGUUGCGGGUGCAGGUGCCGUGGUCGUGACGCCAGACGUGGGCCCGGCGCGCACAUUGCACGCCAACAGCUCCGGGGUGUGCCUAGCGGGGCACAGGAUGGCCGUCACGCUGCCUGGCGGGCUGCCCCCCGGCUGGGUCGAGGUGACCAUCGCCGCCGGAGCCCUCCACGACCAGAGCGGCAACCCCUUCCGGGGGAUCGUGCCGGGGGCCCUGCGCUUCCACGUGCGCGCCCCGAGCUCUGCGCCAGUCGUGUCCCGGCCAGCCGCCGCGGCAUCUUCGCUGCAGCUCCUGGGCGGGGCUUCGGGGGUGCGAACCUUCUGCCUGUCGGGCCCGCCCUUUGCGCUCGCGGAGCUCGCCCGCGCCCUCCGCUACCAGCCGCAGGCCCACUGGGAGGGGCAGGAGCCGCUCCGCGUGGUCGUGACGGCCGCGCGGAACUUCUCGCACGUCUUCGCCUCGGCGCAGACCUGGAUCUACGUGCAGCAUGCGGAGGAUCCCCCGGCCCUCACUGCCAGCCGGGGCACCUUCGCCGUGCGGGCGGGGAGCACCGUGGCCCUGGGCGGCGUCGAGGUCUGGGAUGCGGAUGGGGGCGUGGGCACGCGGUGGAUGACGCUCAUGGUGUCUGCCUCCGCGGGCAUCCUGUUCCUGGAGGAUGCGUACGUGCUGUCGCCGGCGGGGGGCACCCUGCGCUUGGUGGCUGGUCGCCUCGACGGAGACAGCUCGCUGAGAGUGCAGGGCAGCCGCGAGGCACUCCGCGGCUUCGUGGGAGCGCUCCGCUUCGGCCUGACGGCCUCGAAGAAGCCCUCUCUGAGCAGCAGCUCUCCGACGGAGCCGCAGGCGGUUGCGGCCAUCUCCUACACCCUCUCGGACGGCACCGGAGCUGGGGCUGCAGCACUGCUGCACAGCUUCGUGGCCGGGAGGGUGCUCGACGCGGUGACUGGGGGCCCUGUCGAGGGCGUCGAGGUCGUCAUCGUGACGUUGGGCUCGUGGCUGGGGUUUGCCGCGAAGAACGCCUCGUCGGGUGGCUGCGACCCCCUGCUGGUGCGCCAGAGCAUCGACGCGUGCAAGGCCGAGACCCUCCUGCAGGGACACGUCGGGUUCGCGUACGACAGUCGAACGUUCGAGUGCUGCAUGAAGAAGGGCGUCGACGCACCGACGCUCCUCGAGAACAUGGUGGACGAGAGCACCGUCACGCUGUACGUUUAUCAGCUUCCGGGCUUCACGGUGCACACGGGCACCGAUUCCUUUGGGGUGUAUACCGCUACCUUGCCCAGCGGUGUUGCAGCGGUGUCCCUCUACAGGUACAACUACGAGAGGAUGACGAGGUACGUGUCCGUAGAGGGUACCAUUCAGGUGGGCGGUGCAGCCGACGCAGUGCUGAUCCCGGCCGCUGUGGUGACAGUCUGGAGCGUGACAGUGUCGUGGUCUUCCCUGGCUGGAGAGCCGGUGGACGUGGACGCGCACGCGUUCGACGCAUGGGGCUGCCACACCCAUUUCGCCAGGCAGGAGUGCGAGCACGAUGUAGACCAUGGGCUCAGAGUGACUUACAGCGGGGACAUCAAUGGUGGCAUGAGCGGGCAGGAGGUCAUGACCUUUUUCGCCAGGCCGUGUGACGUGAAUUCCGAGUCUCCCGGAGAGUUGCCAAACCCUCCUGGCCGAUACAUCGUGGACACCUACGCCUGGUAUCAGAUCACCGACGUCCAGACCUGCCUGGCAUACUUCUGGGCACACAUCUUCUCGGAGCACGACUUCUCGGACGUGCGCGCGAACCUGACCAUCCAUAGGAACGACGAGCUCUACAGCCACCUGGAGCUUGAUUCUGGCCUGGGCAACGGCAGCGGAAACGGCAGCGGCGCCUACUGGCUCGGGCUCACGUUCGACUGGACGGCCAACGAGGUGUACGUCGACAACCGCGCGGGCAACGCCAGCGACGUGGAGGCCUUCCUCGGUGGGCAGGCCCUCCCGCCGGGCAGGAGCCUCGGGAGCCCAGCGGCGGCGCAGCCGCCGCCCAAGGACGGCGGCCAGCGGGCCCGGCGGCUGGUGGAGAGGGCGCUGGGCGGCACGCCGCGGCAGAAGCGGGCGGCGGCGGCGGGCGGGCCUGGCCCCGGCGGAGGCGCCCGCCGCCUCUCGGCCGCGCCGCAGGACGCGGCCGCGCUGCACGCCCUUGUGAACCAGCGGCCUCUGAACGUCUCCGGCAGCACGCUCUUCCUGGCCCCGGGCCCCGGCGAGGUGGACUACGCCGCCUGCUGGGAGCGGCUGCGCGCGCCGCAGCUGCCAGACCCGCACCGCGCCUGGAGGCGGGAGGUCCCGUUCGUCAGUGACGACGCCGUGGAGGUGCCCCUGGGGAGGAGCUUCCGGCUGUACGGGCAGGACUACUGGUCGGUGUCCGUUAGCCCUUACGGCUUCUUGGCCUUCGGCGCCGGCAUCGCGGACUUCGCCCCCGGCGUCGACGCGCACAUGGGCCGGCUGGGGAUCAGCGGCCUCGCGUGCGACCUCGCGCUGCCGCGCGGCGGCCGCGUCUGGCACGAGGUCUUCGACACCGACGGGCAGCCCCGCGCCGUGUUCACCUUCGAGGGGGUGCCGACGGUCACGUCGCCGGCCACCAGCACGUUCCAGAUCGCCCUCUACUUCUCCAGCGGCGCGAUCCGGCUGAGCUGGCUCGAGGUGGCCCCCGAGGCUGCCGCCAAAGCCGUCGUGGGGCUGUCGCCCGGGCUCUUCGGGGUGAGCCUGGACCCCCUGGAGGGCGUGAAUGCCACGUGCGGGGCGGUGUGCGGGGACGGGUCUCGCCAGUUUUCGGAGAGCUGCGACGACGGCAACUCUGUCGACGGGGACGGGUGCUCGGCUGAGUGUGAUGUCGAGCAGGGCUUCUUCGUCGUGGCUGGCGACGGCGCAGGCGGCGCCGACAUCAGUUUCCCGAUCAAGUGUGGGGAUGGUCGCCGCGACGGUGCCGAAGAGUGCGAUGACCACAACACACUGGCAGGUGACGGCUGUUCAGAGAACUGCACCGCAGAGGCAGGUUACACGUGCGGGCGGCCUGAUGAUCAGCACAGCGACGUGUGUCGUGGUACUGGUCCCGCAGCCUCACAGUUGUUCGAGCAGGGUGCAUUUGACUUGGAAGGCUUUCAGCUCGUAUUCACACCCAGUGUCCUCGACCAGAAGUAUACCGUCUGCCGCAGUCCACUCGGCGAUUCCGCGAUGCUCCCCGACUCACAUUCCCCAGGAGCCAUCGCCAUGGUUCUGCGUGACGACGAGGCUGUGAUGGUGAGCCCCCCGAAGCCGUUUGUCUUUUACGGCGAGGCUUUUUCAAAUGUGUACAUUGGGUCCAAUGGCUACAUCACAUUUGAACGUGGCGAUGUCAGCCACAGGGGUGGCCUGGAGAAGCAUUUUGAAGUACCCCGUAUCAGCGGGCUCUUCGCAGACCUGAACCCAGAGGCAGGCGGAAGCGUCCGCCACGAAAUCAUCGAUGACGGCACCGAAACUCGGAUGGUCAUCACAUUCGACGCAGUGCCCGACUACGCCAGCAACUCCCCAAACUCCUUCCAGAUUGCCCUCUACCUGGAAGACGGGCGGAUCAGGCUGAGUUGGACGGAGGUGAGCCCCGCCUCUGCAGUCGUGGUCGGCCUGUCGCGGGGCGACCAGCCGCGGACGGACAGCCUGUACCUGCCCAGCGGGUUCUUGUACCUGGAGGACGCAGAUCUGAAGUCGGUCGGCAUAGACUCGUUUUACUCGGGCGAUUUCACUUGGGAGCUCUUCUACAAGCUGCACUCGGCGGGCCCCCGCGCCACCAUCAUGGGCAACGCGCUCAGCGAUGCCCAGCCGAGCCUGGUCUCCUUGGACAUCAACGAGCAGGACCAGGUCGCGGUUCAGGUCAGGCACAAUGGCGGAGCAAACGAAUCUGGCCUUGCCAUAGACGGCACCAGCCCGCGGCCACUCGUGCACGGGGUGUGGGUGCACCUGGCGCUGACCGUCGACCGCGCCGCGGCGUGCUCCCCGCUGGGGCCCCUGGCGGGCGAAAGCAACUGCACCCGCGUGGCCCUGUACGUAGACGGCGGGAUGCAGGGCCUGUGGGAGAUGCUCGAGGCAAGCGACGCCGACUCGAACGCCGGGCAGGGUCUCCUCGUAGGCGGCGGCGGCGGCGCCGUGCCGUCCAACAGCACCUGGGGCUCCACCCGCGAGUGCAGCGUCGCGGGCGUGCGCGUCUACGGGCGCCUGCUGUCGGAGGCCGAGCUCGGGGCCUGCACGGAUAUGCCGAGGCGAACGCGAGCGGCCUGGUGCUGA